UUUCCAGCGCUCGCGCCGCCGCCGCGUCCUCGCUGCGCUCUCCCCCUUUCUUCUCCGCCGCCAUUUCUCCUAGUAAGGCCGCGGCGGCGAAGAGGAGCUCGACCUGUGCCCCACCCAACCCCGGGCGCCACCUCCAUGGCCGCCGCAGCCGGAGGCCAAACCGUCGGCCGGAGCAGCUUCUCUCGAGCGGCGGCACCUCAUGUCGCGCCCUCCUCUACCGCCGCAGGAGUCAAGCUUGGUCCUAAUGGCGCCGCCUUCGUCUCCUCGGGCAUCCGCGACCUCGACAGGAUUCUGGGCGGGGGUUUUCUUCUUGGAUCAGUUGUAAUGGUCAUGGAGGAUUCUGAUGCUCCACACCACCUCCUCCUCCUUCGGAGCUUCAUGGCGCAGGGUGUUGUGCACAAACAACCACUUCUCUUUGCUGGGCCUAUGAAGGAACCCCGCUUGUUCCUGGGUACAUUACCUGCUCCAGUUGCAUCUUCAAAGGAGGAUGGACGGCAUAGAGGGAUGGAGGCUGGAACAACUAGCGAUGGGCGAGCAAGUGAUGAGGCUUUGAGGAUAGCUUGGCAGUACAAGAAAUACUUUGGGGAAGAGAAGACUUCUCAUGCUGAACAAAGAGACAAGCAAGAAUUUAGCAAUGAUUUUGAUUUACGGAAGCCCUUGGAAAGGCAUUUACUGAAUGCUCAGAAUAUUGAAUGUGUUAGCACUCAAGAAGGAGACACUCUUGGUGUCCUCCAAGAUCGUUGUUCCACUUUCUUGUCCAAACUUCCCAGAAAAGAUGGUGGAAAUGCGAAUGCUGGACGGAUUGCUAUACAAUCACUCUGUGCACCACAAAGCGGAUACUUUGAGAAGGACUGGGACUUGGUCUCAUUUAUUAGAUCGCUGAAGGCCAUGGUGCGUUCGUCUAAUGCAAUUGCUGUUAUAACAUUUCCGCAUACAGUUCUAUCAAGCUCCUUCUGUAAGAGAUGGCAGCACCUGGCGGACACACUUCUGUCGAUCAAAGCAAUUCCGGAUGAGGACAAGGAGUUAGCAAAACUCCUCACUGGAUAUCAGGACAUGGUUGGUUUUCUGCAUGUGCAUAAGGUGGCGCAGACUAAUAGCCAGGUCCCUGUCAUAUUGGAGGCGUCGACAUUUUCUCUGAAGUUGCGCAAGAGGAGGUCCCUGCUGUUAGAACGGUUGAAUCAAGCUCCAGUGGUUGGAUCGGCUGGGCCUUAUCUCACUGGAUCUGGCAGCUGCUCAUCAUCUUCACAAGGUUCACAGCUUGAUUUCUAGAGUUCAAACGUUGAAACUGGUCUCCGGAAAGAUGGGAAGGCCUUCACAAGAGCAUCACAACACCACUUGAUGACUAGUUUCCAUGUAUCAGCUCAGAAGAUGCUUAGAGCAGAAUAUUAAUGCACAGAAAGGCCCCAGUGUUGAUUAACCGUUACUCUCUGCAAAAUGUAAUGUGUAGAGGUUUAGUUCUUGAAUUUUUUGGAGAAAUAAUAUUAUUUUAAUGAAAAAUCACACGAUUAAAGGCUAGGGACACGAAAUCGCCAAAAUGGUGCCCUGUCGACGGUUGGAACGUCGCCAAAAUGGUGCCCUGUCGACGGUUGGAACGUCGAUUGGUGGCUUGUCGACAGCGGGUUGGAUGACAGGGGGCCUGUCAACGGACGGCAUGUCGACAGAUCCCACACCUGGUUAAUAAUUGGUUAAUAAUAGCUGUAAGUUAGUAUAGUAUAAGUUCUAAUAGGGUAAUUAUCGAAUAAUG